AUGCCGAAGACCAGAGAGAUGCUGUUCGUGGGAUUCUUUUUACUGGCAGCUGCUGUGGCUCACUCUGAGAUAUGCACAGACUUGCCUGAAGAUAUCUCCGCCGAAGCCAGAGAAUACUCCCAGCAUGUUCAAGGCAUCUCCAAACGCCAGCCCUCAUCCUACCCCAAAGAACCCUUCAUAUCCGGAACCGUCCCACCCGGGUUUCUGUGGGGCACGUCCACCGCCGCCUACCAGGUCGAGGGCGGGUGGAACACCGACGGGAAGGGCGAGUCGAUCUGGGACCACUACGCACACCGGUCCGGCAGAACUCCGUGGGGAGACACUGCGACCGACAGCUAUCACAAGUAUGCGACCGAUGUCCAGCUCGGAGCCGACAUGGGCAUGACGGCGUACCGGUUCUCCAUAUCCUGGCCCCGCCUUCUCCCUGACGGCACCCUGGCAGGAGGCGUCAACCAGGCGGGUGUGGACUACUACAACAAGCUCAUCGACGAGCUGAUAGCUCACAAGAUGGAGCCUUUGGUCACGAUGUACCACUGGGAUCUACCACAGGCUCUUCAGACUAAGUACGGUGGAUGGACUAAUGAGAGCAUGGUGGAUUAUUUCAACGACUACGCCACGCUGUGCUACCAGAAGUUCGGCGACAGAGUCAAGAGGUGGGCCACCUUUAACGAGCCAUGGUCCUUCAUCGUGCCGGGGUAUGGGCUGGGCGUGUCCCCGCCGCAAAUGCUCUUCGGCAUGAGAAGACGUCAGUACGAAGUAGCGCAUGUCGUCAUCAAGGCCCAUGCUCGAGCCUGGCACACUUACAACGACACCUUCCGAGCUCAGCAGGGCGGGGAGGUCGGGAUCGUCCUCGGGGCUCCGUGGGGCCAGCCCCGGAACACGUCCGACCCGCGGGACGUCCAGGCGGCCGACAACUUCGAGCAGUUCUUCCUGGGCUGGUUUGCCAACCCGAUCUAUGGCAACGGCGACUACCCUGACGCCAUGAAACAGAUGAUCAAUGGAGACGGCACCGAGAAACCCCGUCUCCCGGUGUUCACGGAGGCGGAGAAAGCGUACGUGCGCGGUGCGGCUGACUUCGCGGGCCUGAACAUGUACUCCGCCUACCUGAUCUACGCCUCCAACCACACCUUACCGCUGGACUUCAUCUCAGCCGUCAUCCCCGACCUGAAAGGAGCCAAGGACACAGAGGACCCCACCUGGCCGCACGGAUCAUCGUCUAGCACCGUACUGUCCUACGUGGUCCCAUGGAACAUCCGCGAGCAGCUCCGCUACUUCUCGGAGAAAUACUCCCACAAAGUCCCGUUCUACAUCACGGAGACCGGCAUCUCGGAGAAGGAGCAGUUCCCACCGAACAUGAACGACACCUGGCGACAGUGCUACUACAUGCUGUAUGUUGACGAAGCCAUCCGAGCUAUUAAGCUGGACGGCCGUGAUGUCCGUGGGUUCUUCGCGUGGACACUGAUGGACAACAUCGAGUGGGGUUCUGGACACUCGGUCCGUCUGGGGCUACACUAUACCAACUUCUCGGACCCGAACCUCACCCGAACCCCGAGGGUUUCCGCUAAGCUGUACGGAGACAUCGCGCGGUCCGGUGGUUUUCCCGAAGGCGCGGCGCACAGUAAACACACGCAGGAAUGGUGGGACUGGUGCCACACCAUGGAGCCGUACAAAGGAACAGGAACAGGAGCUGGGUGGUACCCAGGCAUGCAUUAGCCUCCAUAGCAGGCUCUCUAGGCUUU